ACACCUAUGUCAACACUGAACCAUCUUUUUGAUCUUCCAGAUCAGAUAUGUUACGUACAAUGCGGAUUCUGUACUACCAUUUUAAUGGUAAGUGUCCCAUGCAGCAGUUUGUCAAUGGUGGUGACAGUCAGAUGCGGGCAUUGCACGAGCCUCCUCUCUGUCAAUAUGAUGAAAGCUUCUUUUGUCCCUUUCCACCUUUUAGCAUCUCUUAAUCAUCUUGAGCCAAAAGAAGGUAGUCCAGAAGAAGAUGCAAACAAGACUUUGAAAAGUCAUAGUGCAUCCAUGAUGACCUAUUCUGAUUGUGAAGAAGAUGAUGUAAUUCCAAUGAGCAAUGUCGUGAAUAAACCCCCAGAGAAGAGACAGCGAACACCAUCAGCUUAUAACCGCUUCAUCAAAGAAGAGAUUAAAAGGCUAAAGGCUGAAAACCCUGACAUGGCCCACAAGGAAGCUUUCAGUACAGCUGCAAAAAAUUGGGCCAAUUUCCCUCCAACUCAGUUCAAAGGAGAUGAAGAGAGCUGUAGCCAGACAGAUCAACUUGUGGACUCCAAUGUGGACGUUCAUGAUGCUGAGGUCAAUGAAGAAGGUCAAGGUUUCCGGGGAAGAAAGGUCCCAAGGAAUUCUAUCUUGGAAAGGACACCGUUUGAGUGAAGAAAGCUCAGAAUAUAUGACAUAACAAGAAAGCUGUUUUCUGUCUUAACAUUAAAGUUACCUCUAAAUUGUUUUCCUUAUGAAGAAAAGAUGCUCUUGGUAAUGAAAACGAAUUAAGUAGGGUGGAGACCUGACAAUUUGAGACUUUAGGAAGUGCUUAAUAAUUGAUAGUUUUAUCUGACACCUUUCUGUUCGAGCAUACCAGUUCCAUUAAUUAGU